GAUUUUGUCUCAACUUCAUUAUACCCUCUUCUUUUUUCUUGAAUGCUCUCUCUCUCUCUCUCUCUCUCUCUCUCUCUCUCUCUCUCUCUCUCAAUGUUUGGCUCAAGAACACACCAAAGAAGAGAGAACCAAGUUAAGCUGUCUUUUUGCAGCGGUAUGGAGUUCCCGAGUGAAUUUUCGGAGGCCUCUUCACAGAAGAGAAUCGGGGGGAGAGGGAAGAUAGAGAUCAAGCGGAUCGAGAACGCGACGAACAGGCAGGUCACCUUUUGUAAACGCCGGAACGGAUUGUUGAAGAAGGCUUACGAGCUAUCGGUGCUGUGCGACGCUGAAGUUGCGCUUAUUGUCUUCUCGAGCCGCGGCCGGCUCUAUGAAUAUGCCAACAACAGUGUCAGAGGAACAAUUGAGAGGUACAAGAAAACAAGCAGCGAUUCCUCACAGCCACAGUCUGUUUCUGAAGUGAACACACAGUUUUACCAGCAAGAAGCAUCUAAGCUUCGGAGACAAAUAAGAGAAAUCCAGAUCUCAAAUAGGCAUAUUCUAGGUGAGGGUAUAAGUGAUUUGAGCUCCAAGGAUCUCAAGAAUCUCGAGAACAAAUUAGAGAAAUCAAUCAGCCGAGUUAGAUCGAAGAAGAAUGAGAUGCUUUUUGCCGAGAUCGAGUACAUGCAGAAGAGGGAAAUUGAGCUGCAAAAUGAUAACAUGUAUCUGAGAGCAAAGAUAGCUGAGAAUGAGAGGGCACAACAUCAGCAGCAGCAGCAGCAAGGAAGUGAUCAUCACUUCAACAUGGCGGGAUCGUCGUCGGUGUACGAGCCGCUACCAUCUCAGCCUGCAUACGAUCGCAACUUCCUGCCGGUCAACGUCCUGGAUCCAAAUCACCAACCUUAUUCUCGAUCCAACCACACUGCCCUCCAACUCGUCUAAUUUAAGCUCAGUUAAUACGUAGCACUGGCAACUGGACGUAUUGGCACUUUAGAUUAUGCUUUCUAAUAUGCUAGAGUUAGUUGAAAGAGGAAUUAAUGAAAUGGGGAGAGACUCACAUGACGAGCUUCGCCUAAACAAAGGAAGUACUCUCUGAAAUUUCUCUUCAUCACUCUUCAAACUCUAUUGAUGAAUCUUGUGUUGUACAAGGGUUAUUGCAAUGUUUAUAUAUUACUUAAGAU